CGACAAUACCCCUCCUCUUCUCUCCCCUUAAUUCAUAAUCAUGCGUGAAAUCGUCCACUUGCAGACCGGCCAGUGCGGUAACCAAAUUGGUGCCAAGUUCUGGGAAGUUGUCUCUGACGAGCACGGCAUUGAGCGGGACGGUCUCUACAAGGGGAAUAACGACCUCCAACUUGAACGUAUUUCGGUCUACUACAAUGAGAUCGGUGCCAACAAAUACGUUCCCCGCGCUGUCCUGGUUGACCUGGAGCCCGGAACAAUGGAUUCGGUGCGAUCAGGACCCCUCGGUGGUCUUUUCCGCCCCGACAACUUCGUGUUCGGUCAAAGUGGUGCGGGAAACAACUGGGCGAAAGGACAUUACACAGAAGGAGCUGAGCUCGUUGACUCUGUUCUUGAUGUCGUUCGCAAGGAGGCCGAGGGCACCGAUUGCCUGCAGGGUUUCCAAAUCACCCACUCACUCGGUGGUGGAACUGGUGCUGGUAUGGGUACCCUCCUGAUCUCAAAAAUCCGUGAGGAGUACCCCGACCGAAUGAUGUGCACAUACUCUGUUGUACCCAGUCCCAAAGUGUCAGACACCGUCGUCGAGCCUUACAACGCCACUCUCUCCGUCCAUCAACUUGUCGAGAACUCCGACGAAACCUUCUGCAUUGAUAACGAAGCCCUCUACGAUAUCUGCUUCAGGACCCUCAAGUUGUCGACACCAACAUAUGGUGACCUCAACCACUUGGUCUCGAUCGUCAUGUCUGGUAUCACAACUUGCCUGCGGUUCCCUGGUCAACUCAACUCAGAUUUGAGGAAGCUUGCUGUUAACAUGGUUCCUUUCCCUCGUCUUCACUUCUUCAUGACUGGUUUCGCUCCCUUGACAGCCCGUGGCAGCCAACAAUACCGUGCCGUGACAGUGCCCGAGCUAACCCAACAAAUGUUCGAUGCCAAGAACAUGAUGGCUGCCUCAGACCCCAGGCACGGACGAUACCUCACUGUCGCUGCCGUCUUCCGUGGUAAGGUCUCCAUGAAGGAGGUUGAGGAGCAAAUGCAAAACGUUCAGAACAAGAACUCUGCCUACUUCGUCGAAUGGAUCCCCAACAACGUGCUCACCGCUCAGUGCGACAUUCCUCCUCGUGGGCUCAAGAUGGCCGUCACUUUCCUCGGUAACUCCACCGCCAUUCAGGAGUUGUUCAAGCGUGUCAGUGACCAGUUCACUGCCAUGUUCAAGAGGAAGGCUUUCUUGCAUUGGUAUACACAGGAGGGUAUGGACGAGAUGGAGUUCACUGAGGCCGAGUCCAACAUGCAGGAUUUGGUUGCCGAGUACCAACAAUACCAGGAUGCCACCGUUGAGGAGGAAGGCGAGUACGAGGAGGAGCUCCCCGCCGAGGAAGACCAGUAAACUUCUAGUCCUUCGUCCUCCUAGCCGCCCCUUACGAAAAUUACGUACCUCGUAUAACCCCCCCACCUUACUCUUUCUCGGCCCCCAGUCUACGACCACCUUACAAUACCAGCACGUUUUGAUGAAUUUUCCUGUUUUCCUACUCUCUUAGUUAUCUGUGGAUUAAAUUUGAUGAUUCGCUCAUGGCUCGCGCACCCGCGAGUAAUAU